AUGGCUGGGAUAAGUGUACUUGUUUUGUGUUUGCUCCUGUCUGCUACCGGCUGCUCAGCAGGAAAAGCAGCAGCAAGAGCAGGAUCAGUGACUCUUCAGCCCUGGUUGGUUGGACUCUCAGCUGUUGUUGGCUUCCUGCUGAUUGUCUUCAUUAUCAUGAUUGCCAAAAGGCUACUUAAGAAAAAAAGGGAGGAUGAAGAUGGAUGGGGUUAUAAUAAGAGCGCAAUGGUGACUGACAGUGAAUCCAAAAUCACCAGUUUGUAG